AUGGGCGUGCUUGUUACAGGAUAUCAUUCUUCUUCAACAGACAUAAAACCUGAGAAGCUCUUGUUAGAGCUUGCUUUCUUUCACUCUUCAACCAAGAGUAUCCUUCCUACCUUAGUAACGUACUUGCACUGCGCCGCCACCGUCAAACAGCUCAUCUUGCAGGCCUCACUGGACCGUCAUUUCACAGCGGCUGCCUGCAUAUCCGCAACAAGCACAUUCCUCUCCUCUCCUCUCUUCUCUUCGCUCCUCUAUCCAAAGCUUUACCUUUCUAAUCUCCUACCAUCGGACAAGGAGCCUCCUCUACUAUUCAUCAUGUCCGCUCCUCGCGCCAAGCGCCAGAAAGUUGCCAAAGAGAAAGACAACCCUCCCCCCCCUGAUUUCCAGAGUUUUGCGCCAGAUGGAGAUGUUAUUUUUGUCGUCAACAAUGAUACACGCGUUCGUGUUCAAUCUGCAGUGAUGAAAUGGGCUUCACGUGUAUUUGCCACAAUGCUUGGCCCAAACUUCAUGGAGGGCCAAGCUCUGGCCGCCGCCGCCAACACUGAAACCGACCCUUUCGAGAUCCCAUUACCUGAAGAAGAAAAUUCCAUUUGCUUCGGAUGGAUAUGCCAAGCUCUUCACUGUCAAUCUGCAACAAGGCUUUGGAGCCCUACAUGCGCUGAGAUUGUGAAAGUCUGGUCCAUCAUCGACAAGUACGACAUGAAGCAGAGCAUGCAUCUUUCUGUCAUGUUCUGGUCACAACACAUACUUUCUAAGGCUUGUCACUCAAGAGAUCUCUGGAUCAUGGCCUUGAUAUGCUUCCAGAAUCAAGACUCGGCCUCCUUCACAACUGCCACUAGGAAACUUCUCUUAGACGGAGGAUCAUUCUUGGCCAGAGCCUCAGAAACUGAAAAGCUGUUUGAGAAUAGCAUGCCGGGGCGUGCUUUGUACAGGCUUGCAGGUGAGACCACAUAG